UUGGGCGUCUCUGACUGGCCGCAGCUGGUCACACAGGCAAAAAGCCGUGCGAAAAUCGAGCGAAAUUCCAGCGAAUUCCGGUGGCCAUGCCAGGAUAAUUGCCAUUUAAUCCUCCGGACCGCCAUGCUGUUGUGCGGCCUGCAGCAGCGUUCGUAAUAAGCAGCUGUUGCAGUUGCAGUUGCCCAACCCACAAGAAGUGCGAGACAGCGUCCUUUUUGCGAAAUCCAGCACCUGGAUAGCCACGAUGACACCCUUCGAUGACUUUGUCUAUCUGAUCAAUCAUGUGCUGCUGGGCGAGGAGCCGACCAUCGAGGACUUCAUACUGCUCGUGGGCACACUGGUGGCGUUCAUAGCCUUCAUCCUGUGGUGCUGCUUUCCUAUUCAACCGAAGGAGCCUGGUCCCCAUCGCCAGUUCACGUGCAAGAUCAUCCAGAAUCCCAUUAAGGCAUUCGACGCUUCCACCAGUACCGAUGAUGCACCCAAUCCGGGAAGUGGCUCCGGAACCGGAACCGCCACCGGACCCGGCAACUCCACAUCCAACCCAACGCAGUACAAUGGCAGCAGUGGCAGUGCCAGUGGAAGCUACAGCAAGAACGGCACCGUGGCCAUGCACAACUACUACGUUAAGAAUGGACACCAUUGCUGCACCUAAGGAUGAUCAACUGUCCAUGUCCGAGGCUGGACAGGAUGUUAUGUUACACACAACGCCUUUAGUUGCCACUUUCGGAGCACAGCCAUCCGUAUGCAGAGGGCAUAUCGAUUGAGAUUUGUGCCAAUUGGUUCGACAGGUUGUUAGGUGGCGGCUAAAAGCUGCCAGUUCGCAUUCGCAGGCACAUUUGAAUUGUAAUUGCUCAGACUGAUUUGUUUAUGGAACAUGAGAAGGAUGAGGACGAUGAUGAGGAGGUGGAUGUGGCGGAGGUGGGACAGGUGGCAGGGUCAAGGCCGCACGCACACAGCAGCCCCUGGCAAGUUUCUAAAACUUCCUUGAUAUCUAUAUAUGUUGUGUGCAUUUGUUGACAUACCAAAUGUAGUGUGCGUAUUUGUGUAAAGAAAAUGAAACUGGGUAUGAAAACCAAGCAACUAACUCUAAGUAUUUAUUUGUGUAAACGAUUCGCUUAGCCCCAGAGAAACUCAAGACAUUUGCCAACACAUUGUGUGCAAACAAAAAACAAAAGCCCUUAAAGUAUCUAUCAAUUAUGUUCAGUCGGGGUGGAGGAUUAAAGACUCCCCCAUAUACCUAUAUAUAUAUAUAUAUCUUUAAGAUACAUUAUGUACACACCCAGAUACACACCAUUAAUUAGCAUAGGUAUUAGCCCUCGAAUCGCUUUUGAUUUCUACAUAUUUGAUGUGUAUUACGGUGUAUUGAUCUCAUUUGAUGACUUAUUUAUUUGUGAUGUAACUUCAAGAUAAUUCCCAUACUUUCCAAUGCGAAUGGUUUGUAAACCCCUCUAAGAAGCAAAUGAAACUAAAACCUAACGACAACCCGA